ACGGAUUGUCUGCUCACGCGCCAUCAAAAGCGAUUAAAACCAAAACACGUUUUUAUCUGUAUAUAUUUUACCUUUAUUUUAAGGCGUGUUUGGAACGAAACUGACAAAUAAAGAUGCCAGGUCGGGGCAGAAAGCGAGCAAGGGAGUCAGAAACAGAAGGGGGCCAGGCUGGCAAGAGGAAAAAAGUGCACCAUGGUAGCCAUAGUGAUGUGCCGGGAGUGGUAUUGGUUUGCGGGGAGGGGGAUGUGGGUCAGCUUGGCCUGGGGGAGGAUGUGAUGGAGAGGGGCCGCCCCACACUGGUCAAUAUACCUGACCCCAUCAUACAGGUCUGCGGUGGGGGCAUGCACACGGUCUGCCUCACAAACAAGGGGGAGGUCUACUCAUUUGGUUGUAAUGAUGAGGGCACACUGGGGCGAGACACAAGCGAGGAUGGCGCAGAGACGGUCCCUGGGAAGGUUGAGGGGCUACCCCGUAUUGUAAUGGUGUCUGCAGGGGACAGCCACACCGCUGCUCUUUCCGAAGAGGGGCAGGUCUUUAUCUGGGGAAACUUCAGGGAUACCAAUGGCAAUAUGGGCCUGACACUAGAUGGCAUCGCAACUCGGCCCCUGUCGAUACUCAAGGAUGAGACUGUGGUGAAGAUUGCAUCAGGGGGAGAUCAUCUGGUCUGUCUCACAAUCCAGGGAGAAAUUUUCACCUGUGGAUGUGCAGAGCAGGGUCAGCUGGGUAGAGUGGCUGAGUGUUUCUCACACAGGGGUGGCAGGAAGGGGCUCGCUUACAUCCUCAACCCUGAGCCAGUUCGGUUUCGUCGGAAGAAGUGUGUGAUAGACGAUAUAUUUGUAGGCCAAUAUGUCACCUUCGCCAAGGACAAGAACGGAGAUAUCUAUGCAUGGGGACUUAACAACUACUUCCAGCUUGGUUUGCCAGAGAUGACCAGUCGGUAUGUUCCAGAGAAAGUUAAGGCCUUUGACAAGAAGAACUUUGUGUGUGUUGACUCUGGACAGCAUCAUAGCAUGGCCCUGGACAAAGAUGGUCAGGUGUUUACAUUGGGGCGUAGCGAGUAUGGGCGACUGGGACUGGGUGAGAACAGUGGCGAGAAGAAGGAGCCAACCCACGUGAAACUGGAUGGGCGGUGUACCGCCAUCUCAACAUCCAACUCAGUGUCCUUUGCGCUCAUGGAGGAUGGUUCUGUGUCAUGUUGGGGAAUGGGUACGUCCAAGCAGCUUGGAAAUGGAUCAGAGGACGACGCCUGGGUGCCCAUUAAAAUGGCAGGAAAACAACUAGAAAACAGGAAAGUAGUGCAAGUUUCCUCAGGGGGUCAACACACAGUCCUGCUGGCGGUUGACAAAUGAUAAUAACCGCCGUAUGAUACCCAUUACUACUGCCAUUAAGUGCCAUUAAGGCUUCAUAAUCGGUUAUAUGUCCCAUCUUUACUGAAACUAGUAUACUCCCAAUCCCUAAAGCAUGUUUUGAGUUCAAUGUAAAAUAAUGUCUGCCAAUUGUAAGUUAAUGAUCUGUAUUUAUUCAAUAUUUAAAAGCUAAUGUUUUAUUAGUACAACUACUGGAGAAUUCAACCAAGUAUUUUUAAUUAUUCAUGAUUCAGUCAGACAGAAUUGAUAUGUGAGACUUUGAUAUAACUAUAGCAACUGUGUUUUAAGAUUAUCUGAUGCAACUAAUCAUGUGUUUACCUAGAUCUCGUAACAUGUAAAGAAGGGUUAUCUGUUUUGGAAUGGACAGAGUGACCAGUGUUCUUGCGAAAUUUAUAUGAAUAAUUGCCUAUGAAUGUUAUGAUCAUCCAUCUUUUGUGUUACACUUGUUUGUUGAAACUGCUGGUCAGAUCUCACUGAAACUUUGGUGAAAAGUAGUCGCAAGUUAUAAGUGUUUUGUUCAUCUAGAAUGUGUUCUUCUCAUGUGAGGUCUAAGUCACUUGAAAUUACUUUAUGUUUUUAGUUGUACAUAUAUCAUUUUAUAUUUUAAUUGGUUUUUAUUUGCUUAGAAGUUUGCCAUGAAUUUGAAAUGGUAUUAAAUCAAGAAGGCUUUAUACAUGCUUCCCUUAUAUUGUUAUAAUAUUCAUGUAAGAAAACACUUUUAAGUAAAUUCUUGUAUAGAAAAUUAUUUUCAUGGUUUAACAUAAAAAGAUCUGAAAAGCAAGUGUUUAAUAUUACCUACAAUUUGUAUAUCAGUUAAAAAAUCAGACCGUUUUCUUUGGCUAACUUUCAUGUUCUAUUUGUAUUCUUUAUCAUGUUACCAUUAUUCUCUGAACAUUUCCGAUGCUCAAAAUUUAUAUUUUUAUGUGUGUAGUAUCCUAAUAAAGCUGAAAAUUA